AUGUUCUUUGUUCAUUAUUUAGGAUCAGUAACUUCUUUCAUCUUGUUGGUCAUGGCUCUCGAUCGCUUUAUCGCAAUAUGUGUUCCAAUGCGUUAUCCUGUCCUAAUCACAAACAACACCAUAUCUGUGCUCUGUGGGUUUGCUUGGUUCAUUCCUCUGCCUCUGAUGAUAGCCAUUGUACUCCAUGCCCUUACUUUACCUUUCUGUAAAUCAAAUGUCAUUGCUCAGUGCUACUGUGACCACAUUUCUAUAAUGAGCCAGGCAUGUGGGGAGAAUGUUCAAAUUGUACAGGUCACUACUUUCUGCAUGGCCAUGUUUUGUCUCUUGCUUCCUCUUGCAUUCAUUUUGUUUUCUUACAUCUAUAUUAUUGUGGUUAUUUUGAAAAUGGCCAAUGCUGCAGGUCGCAAGAGAACCUUAUCAACUUGUACCCCACAACUAUUCAUCACCUGCCUGUUUUACCUUCCCAGUUUAGAUGUGCGUAUUAUAAUGGUAUUGUUGUACAGUCUUAUCCCUGCUGCUGUUAAUCCUUUAAUAUAUUGUUUCAAGACUCAAGAUAUCAAGCAGACUUUAACUGACCUCCGCAUGCAUCGCCAAGUCAGUGUAUGCACUUUCAAACUCUUGGACCGAGGAACGGAACUGUCUGUGUUUCAAUGUGUGUGCAAGAAUAAAAUGGACUGUUCGUGUCACAGAGUCCAUUGUCACUUUGAGCUCUCCACCUCUCAGCUUGCUGCACAAUUGCUCUUGAUGCAAAAUGCAGUGAUAUGAGAAGAAGUCCGGCGUUUCAGGAUCUUUUCUGAGCAAAGCAAUUAAUCCUUUCUCCUUUCCUACCAUGGAAGGAGCCCCAUCAGUAGUCAGAGAAACCAGCUUUUUUAAGUUGAUGUUUUUGCCUGGUCCCUGAAAAAAGCUCAUCAUUGCAGAAUACAUAUCCUCUCCCCGUGUUUGCCCUGUUAGCGGUAGCAAAGCCAGCAUUUCCUCGGCAAAUGUGUCCCCUUUGAGAAAGCGCGAUGUCUGUGCGGUCGGUGGAUUCAUCGAAUGCUAGACUAAAGUACUCGGCACUUUCAAUGUCUUUUAGCAACUUUGAUAAAAGAUCGUCUGAAAUGACUUCCACUCUCCUGGUCACGGUAGAAUCAGACAACUGCAGCUUUGAGAUUUGUCUGAUGAUGUCGUCCUUGUUGUUAAAUUCUGAAAACAGUGAUUCCGCACAGUCCGCAAAUGUAUUUUUAAGAAAUUCUCCCUCUGUAGCUGGCUUCUUGGCUUUCGCAAUAUUCCAGGCGAUGUUGAGCGAGGCCUCUGUAACGUUGUCGCUGCUUUUAACAACGCUGCGGAACAUGGAUUGCUGGGCUUGAAACCCACUGAGCAACGUUUGUAUUUUGUUUCUCCUCAGGUCGCUGCCAGGUGGAUAGGCAUCUUUAAACUCCGGGUGAAGCUGUUCGUGAUGGCGUUGUAAAUUCGCUCGCUUUGAGACACAUUGGUUUCCCGUGUAUCUCCGCAAAACCAAAUUCACUUUUCCAUGCAGUUGAAAACCCUGUUUUCGUCAUCCACUUUCCUUUUCUUUGUCGCCAUCAUUAAUUAAGGUGCAAAAUAUUUUAACAGAUGAGCUGGCGUGAUAAAAAGGCGGGAACUUAAAUUAAAGGCGCACUACAAUAAUUUUCACACGAUUUUGGUUGACUAAUUAUAAUUAUUAUGCAUUUAUUUUGCGGCGGCUGUAGCUCAGUGGGGUAAGAGGGCCGUCCCUCAACCGCAAGGUUGUCGGUUCGAUCCCCGCUCUCCCCAUUAGUUGCAAGUCAAAGUGUCCUUGAGCAAGGCACUGAACCCCCAGUUGCUUCCCGGGCGCUUCACCGCAGCCCACUGCUCCUUAAUAACUAAGGAUGGGUUAAAUGCAGAGAACUAAUUUCCCCUUA